AUGACUAAAUUAAAUAAAGCAAGUGAACAAGUGCUCAAUGAACUUCUUAAUGAUGAUGCUGAUCUUGAUGAAUAUGGUGAAUGGACAGAUGAAGCAUUAGCUCGUGCUACAUCCAAUAAACCUAUUGAUGAUGAAGACGAAUAUGGUCAUGUUAAAUUACGUAAACCAAUUGAUAUGCAAACAUUAUGUUCAAGUAAAGGUCAAAUAUUAGAACUUGAUCAAAAUGAAUUAGAUCCAGCUGAAUUAGCACGAAUAGCAACACAAAUGGCAAUGAAUGAUGUUAAAGAAAAUCAACAAACUAAUACUGAUCAAUAUAUUAAUGAUGAACUUAAAUCAACAAUACCAUCAAGAGAUUUAUUUAAUCAACGAUUAAUUGAUAAUACACAAGAUUUUGAUGAUCAACUUGGUGGUAUGCAACAUUUAAUUAAAACUAAUGGAGAUGAUGGUAUACCAUUAAAUGGUGUACCAAGUAGUGAAGCCGCCGGUGGAAUAUGGAAACAAAUUAUUUAUACUGGUGUUGGAGAAACACCACCACUUGGUUCAACUGUACGUAUACAUUAUAAUGCAUAUUUUGAACUUAAUGAUGAACCAUAUGAUAGUACAUAUAUACGACGUCGACCAUGUGAAUUUCAAUUAGGAAAAUUUAACGUUCUACCAGGUUUAGAUCUAGCUGUUCGAACAAUGCAAAGACGUGAACGAGCAAAAUUUAUUAUGAGUAGUGAUUUACUCUAUGGUGAAUAUGGUUGUCCACCACGUAUUCCACCAAAAGCAUGGUCUUUAUUUAUUAUUGAAUUAAUUUCAUGGAUUGAUUGUACAUUAGUUGAAAAAUUAAAUAAAUUAAAAAUUAGUGAUGAUGAAUUAACAGAAGAUUUUGAUGAACGUAUACGUAUUGCACAAACAUUACGUGAUAUGGGAAAUGAUGAAUAUGCUAAACAUAAUCUUGAACGAGCUAUUCGUUAUUAUGCAAAAGGAAAACAAUUUUUACUUAAAACUAAAACAACUAAUGAAAAUCAAACGAUACAAUAUAAAGAACUUUUACUUAAACUUUAUCUCAAUUCAGCUCAAUGUUAUCUCAAAUUACGAAAUCAUGAACGUACAAUUAAAAAUUGUAAUGAAGUCUUGCAAUUAGAUCCUAAAAAUAUCAAAGCUUUAUUUCGAAUAAGUAUUGCUUAUCGUUCAUUACAUCAAUUUGAUCAAGCAAGACUUUAUCUUAAUACAGCAAUCAAUAUUGAACCAUAUAAUGCCGAAAUAAUUGAUGAAGCUCAAAGACUUGAUCGAGCUAUAGAACAACAAAAGAAAAACGAACAGAAACUAUAUUAUAGAAUGUUUAAUAAGUAA